AUGGGGGGGCGUGGCCUUCUAGCGGUCACCGUGGCCGCCGCCGGGCUUGGCUGCGCCCUGGCGCGCGCUCAAAGGGCGGGGCUUCAGCGUCACCCGCCCCGUCCUCUCCGUCUGCCCGGCCGCCCUCUAGUGCCCCGGAAGCGGUUGCGCCCGCGCCCGCGCCCCCCGGAAGUGGUUGUGGCGGUGCUUCUGGGCUCGGGAGCCGGCCGAAGGAGUGGAGGGGUCUCCCGGCGGAGUGGGCGCCAUGUUCCUGACGGUGGCCGCCUGUACAUCCUUGUGAGGAUGGUGAGUGCAGCAGGGACGGGCUACUGUUACAACAUCAAGAGAGCCCGACUACAGGAGAAAUUGGUCCUGCUGAAAUAUGAUCCCAUUGUGAACCAACGUGUUCUCUUCACAGAGAAGAGAAAAAUACGUUCCAUCUGAACAACACCUUGUAAAUGGACUUGUUUUAUACAUGAGUUGGACUCUUGGGCGGGCGGAAUGCUGCUUCUGAAAUCCUGCAGCGUGUGCGAAAAAGAGAGGAAAUGUACUCAAUCAAUGCCUCCUGUGAUUUGAAGGCCAUUGUGAAUGAGAACAAUGUAGAGAGAGAAAAGUCUUUAGUGUCUGGACAUAGAUCAUCACAUCAACAUUUAUUUAUCCUUCGAGUUAUUUUUACAGUCUUCAAUAAAAAAAAUUAAAAUAGCA